UUCCCGUAGAGAGUCCUGGCUGUUAAGCACAGAAACACACUGCCGCCUCCACGACGCGUUCGCAACACAGAGUCAGUACAGAGGACUUUCACAUGCAGAUCCAAAACUCUUAUAACAGUGAUACAAGAAAUAACUAAAACAAAGAUGAGCUUCACUACAGAAAGGCAUACGCCGUUGUAAUUAUGGACUUCUGAUAAUUUCUCGCAGAUUGGACUUACUUUUUUCCUCUUGAAGUUCAAUGCAAAAGCUAAUGAUUUAGGGCGGCGAGACUGUAACGCAUGUGCUCCAACAAGCAGUAAGCUUGGUUGGAUCUUUUGGAAAAACAUUUUUUCUUUUUAAAUAGCGUUCUUUCUUCUCUAAAAUUGGCUCCCGUACAAACAGCCGCGUUGGAUCCGUCGGCUUACUGCGAGACUCCGGUCUACAACCCGGAUCUCUGCCCUAACAUGAUAGCCGCCCAGGCCAAACUGGUGUACCAUCUCAACAAAUACUACCAGGAGAAAUGCCAGUCUCGGAAGGCAGCCAUCUCCAAGACCAUCCGGGAAGUCUGCAAGGUGGUGUCGGACGUCUUGAAGGAGGUGGAGGUGCAAGAGCCGCGCUUCAUCAGCUCCCUGAACGAGAUGGAUAACCGCUUCGAGGGGCUAGAGGUCAUCUCCCCAACGGAAUUCGAGGUGGUUCUCUACCUUAACCAGAUGGGGGUGUUUAACUUCGUGGAUGACGGGUCUCUGCCAGGUUGCGCCGUGCUCAAGUUGAGCGACGGCCGCAAGAGAAGCAUGUCUCUUUGGGUAGAAUUCAUCACAGCCUCCGGCUACCUUUCAGCACGUAAGAUCCGCUCUAGGUUUCAGACCCUGGUGGCGCAAGCCGUGGAUAAAUGUAGCUAUAGAGAUGUCGUCAAAAUGGUGUCUGACACAAGCGAAGUGAAGUUACGCAUCAGAGACAGAUAUGUUGUUCAGAUCACCCCGGCUUUUAAAUGCACAGGGAUCUGGCCCCGAAGCGCAGCGCACUGGCCACUACCACACAUCCCCUGGCCGGGGCCCAAUAGGGUAGCAGAGGUAAAGGCCGAGGGAUUCAACCUCCUUUCUAAAGAAUGCUACUCGUUGAACGGAAAACAAAGUUCUGCAGAGAGCGACGCCUGGGUUCUGCAGUUCGGCGAGGCCGAAAACCGCCUCCUCUUGGGUGGCUGUAGGAAGAAAUGUCUGUCGGUCCUCAAGACGUUACGGGACCGGCACCUUGAGCUCCCCGGAACGCCCCUCAACAACUACCACAUGAAAACUCUGGUUUCUUAUGAAUGUGAAAAACAUCCACGGGAGUCUGACUGGGACGAGAACAAUCUCGGGGACCGUUUGAAUGGAAUUCUAUUGCAGCUUAUUUCGUGUUUGCAGUGCAGGAGGUGCCCGCAUUACUUCCUACCUAAUCUAGACCUGUUCCAGGGGAAACCUCAUUCUGCUCUGGAAAAUGCAGCCAAACAGACCUGGCGACUGGCGAGAGAGAUUCUGACUAACCCAAAAAGCUUGGAAAAACUGUGAGGUAAAUGUGUUUUAGGUGGGUCAGUCAGAGGCCUAAUGACAAGUAUCAAAGGACUAUGGACAGAAAUUAUGAACGCACUUCUGUUUUAUUCACGGUCUUGUAAAAUGUGACUAUCCACCGAUGAUGAAGACGCUUAGGCUAUUCUGAGACUUAAAAAAAAUUUGACAGUUCACAUAAUUAUAUUCAGUGAUGUCCUAAUUUAUGGGCAAAUUGUACCAUCAAUUCAAAGUUUAGGUUACAAUUCAGUGUUAAUCUUUCGUUAUUUCUCUCCAUGUCCACGGUUACCUAAAUCGUUAAUUUGUUCACAUGCUUUAAAAUAAAGCUCCCAGACAAACCUUGACAAAAUAACUGUACAUUUUCCACUGUAAAUACAUUCAUAGGUUGUGAUUCCAGUGGUCUAAAAUUGUGAAUGUUGUUCUGUGACGUACAUUUAGGAGUUCAAGUCCACCUGUUUAAGUAAAAGCCUGAACUUUAUUUUUACCAGGCUGAAUAUGUAGACAUGCAUCAGUAAUAGUCUGCUUUAUCUGUUGUCAGUGGACAUUUUCUAAUUUUGAAAGUUUACAUUUUGAUGGUACUAUUUGUUGAUUUUUUUUUAUCAUUCCAUAAACAUACUUGAAUUCUUAUUUAACGUAGUCUAUACGCUAUCGUUUUAUUUGUACCUUGAUUACAUGAUAAAACAUGAAAAUAAGAAAAUAUAUAUACAGUCUAAUUGAAAAGAAAAUGCACUUGAAAUACACUGGAUUAUAACGUGAUUUUUUUAAAUUCUUGUCCCUGCAUUAAUUUAAAGAGUUAAUAAAAACUAGCAAUGUAA